GACAAGGUCAAACCACACGGUCAAUCUAAUAUCAACGGGGUAAAGUUCGUCAGGAGAUAUAUUCCCCUUUUCCAUCCUUUUGAACAGUUGAAGCUAAACCCCUCCUUUCUCAAAACUGUCUCAACUACAAAACUUUAUUGUACAAUAUGAGCUUUCUAAUAUUUAAGUCAAAGCAAAAAACACCACACGAGUUGGUGAGGAUUGUUAAAGACGCCAUUAAUAGGCUGGAUGGUGUCGAUAAAAAGAAGGCAAGCGAAGACAUAUCGAAGAAUUUGACGACUAUGAAAACUAUUCUUUAUGGUGAUGGAGAAAGUGAUCCUGUGCCAGAAACGGUUGCGCAAUUGGCACAAGAAGUAUAUAAUAAUGAUAUUUUACAGUUAUUAGUGUUGAAUAUCUGGAGGUUUGAAUUUGAGGCAAAGAAAGAUGUAUCACAAAUAUUCAACAACCUUCUAAGAAGACAGAUAGGUUCUUUGACGCCAACUGUUGAUUAUUUAAGGAAUCGUGAGGAAAUUCUAUUUACUCUACUUAAAGGAUAUGAGAAUCCUGACAUAGCUCUCAACUGCGGAAUGAUUCUGCGGGAAUGUCUUCGACAUGAAUCCUUAACUAAGAUUAUAUUAUAUUCCCCGCAAUUUUACGAUUUCUUUACUUAUGUAGAAAUGAGCACAUUUGAUAUUGCGAGUGAUGCUUUCGCAACAUUCAAGGAAAUAUUGACACGUCAUAAAACUUUAGUAGCUGAAUUUUUGGAUACUAAUUAUGACACGUUUUUCGGAUCUUAUACUAAAUUAUUGAAUUCAAAUAAUUAUGUGACCAAGCGACAAUCUCUUAAACUUCUUGGCGAAAUUUUACUGGAUCGUUGUAAUUUUAAUGUGAUGACUCGAUAUAUUGCGAAUGCAGAGAAUUUGAAACUUAUGAUGAAUUUACUAAGAGAUAAGAGCCGUAAUAUUCAAUUCGAAGCUUUUCACGUGUUCAAGAUAUUCGUGGCGAAUCCAAACAAAACCAAACCUAUUUCGGAUAUUUUGGGUAAAAAUCGGGAAAGGUUAAUUCAAUUUUUAGGGAACUUCCAUAAUGAUCGUCACGGUUUGUUUACUGUUAUAUUCAUUUUUAGUUCUUUUAGUUCUUUUUUUAAUAAAACCGACACUUACUUUUUAUAUGCAAUUAGAUGAUGAGCAAUUUAAUGAUGAGAAAUUGUUUUUAUUGAAGCAAAUCCAAGAGUUACAAACUUCAAAAUAGUAUAGUUGAUAUUUUGAGGUGGAGAGCGUUUAUUAUUAACAAUCAGGGAAAAAAUUAAAAAUAAAGAUGAGGAAAUAUUUUAUGAAGUUAAAUAGGAUUUAGUAAAUAUAAUGAAUUGUUUAAUAUGAUUUAAAGAAAAUUACACUUUUAAUAUCUUUUUUUGUUUUUGUUUUUUAUUUUUAUUUUUAUUUAUAUUUUAUUUAUUUCACCAAGAAACAAUGUUUUCAAAGAAAUAUGUAUUUUAUAUUGAAUUUUGG